AUGGAAGGAGAGACAGUCCCCGAGGCCAGGGGAGCAGGCAGCAAAGCCACUCGGAUCGCCCUCGGUGUCUUUGUGAGCGGCACUGUUGUGCUUGGCACCGCUCUUUUCUUGGUUAGCCAAGGUCUUAUAAAGUUUCAUCCGAAGCAACAGUACUGUUUGACUGCAGAAUGCAUUGAAGCUGCUGCUAGCAUCCUGAGCAAGAUAAAUCAAUCUGUAGAUCCAUGUGAGAACUUCUAUCGAUUUGCAUGUGAUGGCUGGAUAGAUAAAAACCCCAUUCCUGAAGAUAUGUCCAACUAUGGUGUUUAUCCCUGGCUGCGACACAAAGUGGACCUCAAACUAAAGGCAUUGUUAGAGAAACCCAUCAGCAAAAGACGAGACAGUGAAGCUGUACAGAAGGCCAAGAUCCUUUAUGCAUCCUGCAUGAAUGAGGAUAAAAUUGAAAAAGCCGAUGUGAAACCCCUGUUAAGUAUCCUGAAGCAUUCACCCUUCCGCUGGCCUGUGCUGGAAUCCAACAUUGGACCUGAAGGGCUGUGGUCAGAGAGGAGGUUCAGCCUGGUCCAAGCCUUGGCAGUUCUGCGUGGCCAAUACAGCAGCUCUGUCUUCAUCCGUCUGUAUGUGGCUGCUGAUGACAAAAUCUCCCACCGCUACAUCCUGAAGCUUGAUCAAGCAAGCCUCUCUCUGUCCUCUCGAGAGGAUUACCUAGAAAAUACCACAGAAGCCAAAUCUUACCGAGAUGCCUUUUUGAAGUUCAUGGUCGAUACAGCAGUGCUGCUGGGUGCAAAUGCCUCCCGAGCUGAAUCUGAUAUGAAAUCAGUUCUAAAACUGGAAGUUAAAAUAGCAGAGAUCAUGAUUCCAUAUGAAAACCGAACAAGUGAGGUGAUGUACAAUAAAAUGAACAUAUCAGAGCUUAGUGCCAUGAUUCCACAGUUUGACUGGCUGGGAUACAUCAAGAAGGUGAUUGACACCAAACUCUAUCCUGAGCUUAAAGAUAUAGGUCCUUCAGAAAAUGUGAUUGUCCGUGUUCCCCAAUACUUCAAAGAUUUAUUCAGGAUACUAGAAAAUGAAAGGAAAAAGACUCUUGCCAAUUACCUGGUAUGGAGGAUGGUUUAUUCAAGGUUAUUUAACCUCAGUAGACGCUUUCAGUAUCGGUGGCUGGAAUUUUCUCGGGUGAUCCAUGGGACUACAACUUUGCUGCCCCAGUGGGAUAAAUGUGUGGACCUUGUAGAAAAUGCCCUCCCCUACGUUGUGGGUAAGAUGUUUGUGAAAGCCCAUUUUAAAGAAGACAAGAAAGAGAUGAUGGAGGAAUUGACUGAAGGAAUUCGCUGGGCUUUUAUUGACAUGUUAGAAAAGGAGAACGACUGGAUGGACUCUGAAACAAAAAGAAAAGCUCAUGAGAAGGCAAAAGCAGUUAUGGCAAAAGUUGGGUACCCUCAGUUUAUAAUGAAUGACACAUAUAUUAAUGAAGACAUCAAAACACUGAAGUUUACAGAAAGUGAUUAUUUUGGCAAUGUAUUGCAAACUCGCAAAUAUGCAGCCCAAUCUGAUUUCUACUGGCUUAGAAAAGAAGUUCCAAAAACAGAAUGGUUUACAAGCCCAACUACUGUAAAUGCUUUUUAUAGUGCAUCUACCAACCAAAUCCGAUUCCCAGCAGGAGAACUUCAAAAGCCUUUCUUUUGGGGAACAGAAUAUCCUAGGUCAUUAAGUUAUGGUGCCAUAGGAGUGAUUGUUGGCCAUGAGUUUACUCAUGGAUUUGAUAGCAAUGGUCGGAAAUAUGACAAAAAUGGAAAUUUAGACCCUUGGUGGACGACUGACUCUGAAGAAAAAUUUAAAGAGAAAACAAAAUGCAUGAUUAAUCAAUACAACAAUUACUACUGGAAGCAAGCUGGCUUACAUGUGAAAGGGAAGAGAACUUUGGCAGAGAACAUUGCAGAUAAUGGAGGUCUGCGAGAAGCUUUCAGGGCAUACAGGAAGUGGAUUACAGAAAAGAGGGGAGGAGAAGAAGAGCCGUUACUGCCAGGCCUUGAAUUCACACACAACCAGCUUUUCUUUCUGAGUUAUGCCCAUGUAAGAUGCAACGCCUUCAGACCAGAAUCUGCGAGGGAGCAAAUAUAUACUGGAGCUCACAGCCCUCCUCAGUUCAGAGUGAUCGGAUCCAUGAGCAACUUUGAGGAGUUCCGCAAGGCGUUCAACUGCGCGGCGAACACGACGAUGAACCGCGGGGCGCAGUCCUGCCGCCUCUGGUAG